CUCUAGUCGACGGUCCCCAACACUUCCAAGUGACGGCGGCGGCGGUUUCUUCCUCUCAGCCUCCACCACCUGCGGGCUCGCCGGCGGUUGGACCUGCUCAGCGAGCGGGACUGCGUCCUCUCCUGGCGACGUUGCCGUGCAUUGCCCGUCGAGUCUUUUUCUUCGGCGCGCCGCCCUCCUGCAGCUCCGUCGCCUUCUGUACCACGAUGGUAAGCUGUUAUGCGUCAACGAAAUGGUGGCGUGUUUGGGGUUGAGAUCUCAUUGUUAUCAGAUUCAAAUCUGGGCUGUGUUUCUUUCGUUCAAGGUCCGAUUUCGCCGGUUGAAACCUGUUGAUCUCUCAGCUUAAGGCUCAUAUUUGCUAGCCUUGUAAACUGAAUUUUGUCAGAGGAAGUUCUGUCUGCUUCGCAAGCCUGCGACACCCGUUGCAUUUUUUUUCACCAUGGCCAACAAAUCCACCUCUGAAGUUAGCCAUGGCCAGCUACCCAAGACAUCGUCCACAUGCUUGACGGAGGGUGUCACUGCGGUGCAUGAUUUUGAGGUGGCCAAUUACCGGUUGCUGGAUGGCAUCGGCGUCGGCAAGCACGUUCGCUCAAGCAACUUCAGCGUGGGUGGCUUCGAAUGGUUUAUGAAUUUCUUCCCGGAUGGGAGGAUGGCAGACUAUGCUGGCUAUGCAUCAGUCUUUCUGGACCGUGUCAUUCAACAGAAUGACACACAUAAUGUCAGGACUAAGUUCACCUUAAACAUGCUAGAGAAAGACGGUGAGGCACAAUUAACUAAAUGUGAUGAGAUAGGUCAUGUCUUUUCCUCAGCAAAGUCAUAUUGGGGCUACUGCAGAUUCGUUGCGAAAGAGAAACUGAAAUCAUCGUCGCAAGCCAACAAUGGCUUGUUGAUUAUACGAUGUGUUCUCACCGUGAUAAAAGAACCUCGCACCGAGGUUAAGAGGAACACUGUUGUGGUUCCGCAACCGAAUCUGCAAGACCAGCUCUGCCAAAUGUGGAAGGAUGGCCAGGGUGCAGAUGUGACAUUCAGUGUGGGUGGCCAAUUGUUCAAAGCUCACAGAUGCUUAUUGGCUGCACGGUCUCUGGUUUUCAAGGCGGAGCUCUUGGGUCCGAUGAAGGAGAAGGAAACACACUGCAUCAAAAUUGAUGACAUCGACCCUGAAAUCUUUGAGGCUCUUCUUCACUUCAUAUACACAGAUUCCCUGAUAGUCGAUGAGCACCACAAGGAAGGUGAAAUUGCAAAACUGCAGCAUCUGCUAGUUGCCUCGGAUCGAUAUGGUUUGGAUAGGUUAAAUGUGAUGUGUGAAAGUAAAUUGUCUGAGUGCAUUGACGCGGAGACUGUUGCAACAACAUUGGUUUUAGCAGAGCAACACCACUGCAAGGAUCUCAAAGAAGCCUGCAUUGAGUUUAUGGCUCCACGGAAUGUUCUACAAGCUGUCAUGGCAACCGAUGGUUUCAAACAUUUGGUAGCAAGCUGUCCUUUGGUCAUGAAGGAGUUACUGGACAUGGUGUCCCGGGGUGGCUAGUCUGGUACGUUCAGAGGUCAAAUUAUCAUAUGUGGAACUAGUUAUGCAGACUGCUAUUUUCAAUCCAUUGCUCGGUUUACCUAUGACUUAUUACGCCGUGAUAUUGUGAUGAGUCGUGUUUGCAUUUUUUAUGAUAUUUUUACCAUAUCAGUUUGAUUAGUACUCCAUGGCAUAACUCCUAUUUGAGGAAAAGGCUGUUAUCCAAGGGAGUGCUUGGAUCAUUCGUUGGCAGUAUAAACUGUAAGAUAAUAUACUGUUGCUCAUGCAGUUUAUUAUUAAGUUCAUUCA